GCGGUUCCGCAGGUGGCAGCGGUGGCCCAGUCCUGAGCGCCCCGCCAUGGCCCGCGCCCCCGGGCCGCUCCGCCUGGCACUGCUGCUGCUCGGGACGGUGGGCAGGGCAGGCCCCCGCCCCCAGGGUGCCACUGUGUCCCUCUCCGAGACAGUGCAGAAAUGGCGAGAAUAUCGACGCCAGUGCCAGCGCUUCCUGAUUGAGGCUCCACCCCCAGCCACAGGCCUGUUCUGCAACCGGACCUUCGAUGACUAUGCCUGCUGGCCGGACGGGCCACCUGGCUCCUUCGUGAAUAUCAGCUGUCCCUGGUACCUGCCCUGGGCCGACAGUGUGCUGCAGGGUCACGUGUACCGGUUCUGCACAGCUGAUGGCCUGUGGCUGCACAAGGACAACUCCAGCCUGCCCUGGAGGGAUGUGUCAGAGUGUGAGGAGUCCAAGCGAGGGGAGAGAAGCCCCCUGGAGGACCAGCUGCUGUCCCUUUACAUCAUCUACACAGUGGGCUACGCGCUCUCCUUCUCUGCCCUUGUCAUCGCCUCAGCCAUCCUCCUCGGCUUCAGACACCUGCACUGCACCCGGAACUACAUCCACCUGAACCUGUUUGCGUCCUUCAUCCUCCGAGCACUGUCCGUCUUCGUGAAGGACGCGGCCCUCAAGUGGAUGUACAGCACGGCUGCCCAGCAGCACCAGUGGGACGGGCUCCUCUCCUAUCAGGACUCUCUGGGCUGCCGCCUGGUGUUCCUGCUCAUGCAGUACUGCGUGGCGGCCAAUUACUACUGGCUCCUGGUGGAGGGCGUGUACCUGUACACGCUGCUGGCCGUCUCAGUCUUCUCGGAGCAGCGCGUCUUCAGGCUCUACCUGAGCAUAGGCUGGGGUGUUCCCCUGCUGUUUGUCAUCCCCUGGGGCAUUGUCAAGUACCUCUAUGAGGAUGAGGGCUGCUGGACCAGGAACUCAAACAUGAAUUACUGGCUCAUUAUCCGGCUGCCCAUUCUCUUCGCCAUUGGGGUGAACUUCCUCAUCUUUGUCCGAGUCAUCUGCAUUGUGGUAUCCAAACUGAAAGCCAAUCUCAUGUGCAAGACAGACAUCAAGUGCAGACUUGCCAAGUCCACGCUGACGCUCAUCCCCCUGCUGGGGACCCAUGAGGUCAUCUUUGCCUUUGUGAUGGACGAGCACGCCCGGGGGACGCUGCGUUUCAUCAAGCUGCUCACAGAGCUCUCCUUCACCUCCUUCCAGGGGCUGAUGGUGGCUGUCUUGUACUGCUUUGUCAACAGUGAGGUCCAGAUGGAGUUUCGGAAGAGCUGGGAGCGCUGGCGUCUUGAGCACUUGCACAUGCAGAGGGACAGCAGCAUGAAGCCCCUCAAGUGUCCCACCAGCAGCCUGAGCAGUGGGGGCACGGUGGGGAGCAGCAUGUACGCAGCUACCUGCCAGGCCUCCUGCAGCUGAACCUCCAGCACCCACCCGCCUGUGGUCCCACUGCAGGCGGGCUGGGAGGCCAUCCCAGGUUGGGGAGACCCUCCUGGGGUCGGGGAAAGGAGGAACACACACACAUACAUCCCUGCUUCCCCUUCCCCAACC